UUGGUGAAUAUUACCUUAAGUAUACCGUGGAAAUCAUGGUGUCUGGCGAACACGAGAGAUUGUUACCCGAGCCUGAUCAUUACACGAAAUGCUUUUACGAUCUCUUUAAAAAUGUAGCUGAAGCGCAAAGGUGUAAGGAUGAAUGGAAAAAAUGUAAAAAAAAUAAAGCUGUUAAAAAAAGAGAUAAAAAGAAGAUUGAGGUGGGAGGUGAUUUAAAUUAUAAUAAUCCUCCAGAGAUAGAGGUUUCUUACAAUGCGUCAGCAUUUGCUGUAUUCGCUAGUGUUAGAUGUGCCAUUCUUGAAAAACAUGCCAGAACUACAAGUGAGAUUUGCAGAGCAUCUAAUUGCGGCUCUCCACCACCAGAACUUAGUGAUACAAUUGAUUCGGAGAGCGAUGACGAAGAUAGAGUAUCGACUAUUCAGAGCUUACCAAAGAUUGUAGGUAUCGGGUUAAGAAGCGUUUUUACAUUAAUGCGUGAAAGUAAAACCAUUGAUCCUAUGUUAUGUACAAAAGCAUUAGUAGCCUUAUUGGAUGUAUUACAAGGACAGCUCCCUGAAGGCUUAAAAUCUGAACCAGAUGAUGUCAUAGAUCUUUUAUUUGAUUUGCUGUUAGAUCUUGCAACAUCUCAUGGCCCUGAAUCAGCAGCUGCUAAUGACGGUAGUCAUUUGACAGCAGUCGCGUGUGCAUGUCUACUGAGCCUUGUUGUGGUCAGAGGAGAUACCGGUCGCCUUUUGGCAGCAGUAGCUGCUUUACUUAUGUGUCCAAGAGCAUUAGCAAUUCAAAAUAUACAGAUGCCAUGUGUAUUAACUUCACUGCAGAGAAGUGUACACGCUGUUCUCCUUGGUAAGCUUGCACGGCCAGACUGGAUAACGUAUGGAGUUCCUAAAAAUUCUAGAAUUUAUACAUCUACGCUUAAAUUACCAAAUGAUAUAAAUAAUAUAGUACUCAAUGGUAGAAGUUUCGUGAGUGAUGGAAAGUACCUUUACUUGCAUACAAGUAAAGGAUUAUUAAAAAUUGGUAGUGGACAUGGUGGUACAAUUUGGGGUCAUGUAUAUGUCCAUAAAGCUGAUUUUUAUCCAACAGAAACUGGAUGGCUUGGCUAUGCAAAAAAUUCAUUAUACUUUAAGUGUGCACCAAGAAAGCAAAGUGAACUUGUAAUUAUAGAUGCAGAAACUCUUAUAGUAACAGGUAUUGCUGUGUUGGAAGGACGUGAUUGGUCUUCUUCUGUUAUGUUUUCUGAUGGUGAAAAUCUUGGAAUGAUAACAGCUGGCAAAGAUGAUGGUUUUGUGGUACGCACGAUAAAUACAUUGAGUAAUCCAGUAUCAUUUGCCUCUGAAUUACCAUUAAAAUUAGCAAGGAAAUGUGUAGAUAUCUUCGGAUAUGCAGCUUUUGAUGAAGAACAAGUUGUACAUACAUUGAAUCUUGGUUGUGAUGAAGAAAUAGCAAUGGUUACAGCAGCAAAAGAAUUUGGUAUACUUAAAACAAUAUCUGGUAAAAUAUUAUAUACUGGAAAAGGAACAUCUUUGGGUAUGAAAAAUAAUACAAGGCCUAACAGAUGGUUAGAACUUACACUUGGUAAAGGGCCAAGAGUUACACAUUUUGCUGCAGGUCAUGAUGGCCAACAUGUGAUUUUUGUUAUGGAAGAUGGCUCCGUUUUAUUUGCUGGAACUGCCAGACGUGGAGAAGAUGGUGAUAGCAACAAAGCUCGUAGACAACCUAAGCCAGUUAAGCCAAAGAAAAUGGUCAAAGUAGAAGGAAAAUUUAUUAUAGAUACUGCUUGUAAUAAUGGUACAACAGCUUUAGUGACAAAGGAAGGUUCUCUGUUAAUGUUUGGAAAAGAUACGUUGCAUUGUGACCCAGUAACGGGCUUAGUCACUGAUCUCGUAGAUGUUUGUGUUGUUCAUGUUUCUCUUGGAAAGGCACAUGCUGCAGCAUUAACUAAUAAAGGACAUCUCUAUACAUUUGGAAUUAAUAAUAAAGAACAAUGUGGUAGAGAUUUUUCAACCGUGCAUACAGUGAACAAAGAAGCUACGGUAGUUGCUAUGGAGAUGGGUACAGGAGAAGAUGAACUUAUUGUAGCUGAAGAAGAUGGUACAGAUCCUGGAGAAGAUUGGGAAGAAACAAGGGGUAUGUGUCCACCAGGUCAACAUCAAUGGAGACAUCGUGUCUGUAUGGUUUGUACAGUAUGUCGUGAAUGCACUGGAUACAGUAUAUCGUGCUUAAGUAUUCGACCAGAUAGAAAUCCAGGCCAAGAAUGUGGCUGUGGCGAAGGUGACAGUGGGUGUGCAGAAUGCGGAUGUUGUCGUACAUGCGCAAGAAAGAGUUGUAAUAAUGGUAGAUCAGGUUCCAAUUAUCGAGAAUAUUUACAAAAACGCUUAGGAGAAAUAAGACAACAAAGGCAGAGAAGUAAAGCAGGUCCCAGCGCAAUGAGAUACGGGAUGAAAAUGAAAGGAGCUAAUAAUCAAAGAUUAGUAGGAUCAAGCAUUGCUCCAAAAGGAGGCCAACCAAGUAAAAUGGUAUUAGGAUUAGGUAGUAAUGUUGCGGGAGAAGAAAUCGUUGGCGGCAGCGAUGUAGAAAGAGGAGAUGCUGCAAGAAUAGCAAGUAUACCACCAGCUAGAGUUCCUAUACCUAGCGAUAGUCCUGUGAUUCAAGUGUCUUGUGGUUUGCAUCAUACAGUGAUCCUUUUACAAAAUGGAGAAGUAUACACAUUUGGAAGCAAUAUAUAUGGUCAAUUAGGUAUUGGAUAUAUGGUAACACAUGCUGGUCCAGUUCACGUUAAAUUACCUACACUGGCAACUCAAGUUGCUGCUGGAUCUAAUCAUACUGUUGUUCUUACAAUAAAUGGUGAAGUGUAUACAUUCGGUGCUUAUCAGAAAGGACAAUUAGGCAGAUCAGUAGGAACUAGUGAAAAUGAAUCUGUAAAUAUCAGUUCUCAAUCUAGUCGUCGCGCAGAGAAAGCUCAACCUUGGCAAAGCUUUCCGAGUAUAGUUCCGAAUAUUGGUUCUCGAUGGGGUAGACGUGCAACAUGGAUCGGAGCUGCUGGAGAUCAAACAUACAUAAAAGUCGAUGAGAUUAAUUCCAUUAGUUUAACAAGAAGCACUGUAAUGGCAAAUAAGAGUUGCAUAAUAUUACUUCCACACCAAAAUGAUCAUGCAAACUCUUUUAAAUGCUUAGUUAUAAGUAAAAGAGAUGGGACAUGCAAUAGUUACAGUGGGAACGAUCAAGUGGAUUUUAGCAAUUAUGCAGCAUGUCUAGAUCCUUUGUAUAAUGUUAUUUGGACUUUCAAUCCCGUGAAUAACGAAAUAAGCCUGUACAACAUUAUUUCUACAGAGGCUAGGACUAUUUCAGGAUUGGAAGCUUCUAUACUUAGUCCUGGUUUGGCAUUACCUGUAGUACCUACAUGUUUUGUAACACGUUCACAAGCUGCAAUGCAUUUAUUAGCAUGCUUGGAUACUCUUACACAAGCACAAGACGAAAAUUUAACUAUAGUCGAAGAAAAUGAGUGUGAUCAAUCGACUCAUGGUAAAGUCUAUAGUAGAGAAGAUUUUGCCACAGUUAGUAGAUUUGAAAAUCAUGGUGGAGGUUGGGGAUAUUCCGGUCGUUCCAUUGAAGCAAUUAGAUUCAUGCCUAACACAGACAUUUUAUUAGGUGGAUAUGGUUUGUUUGGAGGACGUGAUAAAUACACAGCGAAGAUAAAAUUGUUUGAUAUUGGAGUUGAUGGAGGUGAUCAAGAAAAUGAUGGAGAACUUUUAGCAGAAACAGAAGAGAUACCAUACGAAUGUGGUCCUAGACAAAAGUAUGCUAUUUUAUUUGACGAACCUAUUGCAUUGCAAGCAAACAGAUGGUACGUGGCAUGGGCAAAAAUCGAUGGUUCAUCUAGCGAUUGUGGAUCUAGUGGGCAAGGAAUGGUCACAGCAGAGGAUCAGGUUAGAUUCUAUUUUAAAUCAUCAAAGAGAUCUAAUAAUGGAACUGAUGUUAAUGCCGGACAAAUUCCACAAUUAUUAUAUCGUGUUGUCACACCAGAGAAUCAAACGUCCAAUAGACAAAGAGAUCAAAUAGGACCAGUUUAUAUACUUAAAAGAGAAUUUAGUAGAACAGUAACGAAAGAUUGUUUUCAAUCUUUAAUAUCUCUUCUCCAAUGGAGUUGGAACACAUUAAAAGCAGGUUUAGCAGAUGCAGCAGUCCACAUUGCUUCAUCGUCUCACGUGUUCCUUGAAAUGGAACGUUUAGUUUAUAUUAGUAAAGCUAGCUUACGAUUGCUUAGAAUAUAUACCAACGAAAUUUAUCCAAAUCAAGUUGGGAAGAGAACUCCACCGGAAUCUGUGCGUCUCGCUGAAUGCAUAGGCGAAGUACGAGCGUUGUUACGUCAAAUUUUAUCCGAUUCAGUACCUUUAAGCACAAAAUGUAAAGGCAAAACGCGUUCUAACAAAAAUUCGGAAAGUUUAAAUAAUAAAAUGAGCAAUAGUAUACUCGAAGAGUGUCACAAAACAUUUGUAUCGUGCUAUCAUGCAUUUUAUCCAACGGCAUAUUUAAAAUGGACUUCUCUGUGUGAAUUAUUGUCAGAAAUAGAUAAAGAACAAGGUGUAACCACGAAAGAUCGUUUACUUUCGGCAGUUGUAGCUUCCCUUUGCAGUCCUACGAUUCGUCUUAGAUGCACGUUUCCAAUUUUAACCAAUACGAUGGAUAGUAGCGAUGGUAUAAAACGACAAUUGAGCCCUUCGGAUAACGCUGGUUUACUAAUGAUGAAUUCUACAGACGCACAUCAAUAUCCUAUUCUCGUUGAACAAAUUAGUUACAAAUCUCAGGUGGAAAGUUCAGGAAAAGAAAUAUUGAAUUGGUCGUUCCGUGAAGUCCUCGAAAGAUUAUUAGAUUUGGUAUUGGUACCUGUGAAAAAAAGUCUUUGUAGAGAGAAAAGUUACUCUCUAUCGGAGUUAAUUUUGCACUGCUGUUAUUUGCUCGCCCGUGUUAUCGCGGAAUUAGCGGCACAAUCUAAUGGAAACGAAGACGAAUUGCAAGGAGCUUAUGGUAAACUUAUGUACACUACACCUUCGAGAUUCACUAGAACAAGUCAAACGAGAUCUUGGAAUACCGGAAAUGGUUCUCCCGAUGCCAUUUGCUUCUCCGUUGAUAGAUCAGGCAUCUUUAUCGCGGGCAUUGGUAUUUUUGGAGGUGUUGGAGUAUACGAAUACGAAUUAGAAUUGUUAGAAGAUCAAAGUAAUACCGGGAACGAUCCAUCUCACACUCAGCGUUGGACUAGUUUAGAUUUUACAAGAGGAUCUUUUGGACCAGAAGGUUGUGUCAAUGAUAUUAUAGAAAUAAAGUUCAAUAAACCCGUAGCAAUCAAGGAAAACGUAAAGUAUGCUAUUAAAUUGAGGAAUCGUGGAGGUCGUACUAGUAAUGGCGAUGGUGGUUUGAGCGUAGUCAAAGGACCAGAUGGCACGACAUUUACUUUCACGGCCUGUUCUUUCAGUUUCAAUGGAACGACACAAACAAGAGGUCAAAUCCCACACAUUUAUUAUUUUUCGAAUCCGCAAGAUUCCGAUGGUCAACAUACUAGUCAAGCAAUAGCUGAGGUACAGGCAAGAAAGUGCACCCUUGCCAUGACGGCUACGAUUAUUCAACGUUCUAACGAAAUAUUUGCGUUAGCAAGAGAAAGGGCCGAAGAAGUCACUGCCAGUGAAGUACUUGGUAACGCAACUUUUGUAACGACUCUUUUACCUUUAGUGAUGGCUCACAUCAGUCCUUUAGCGACAUCAGAUCCAAGGAGUGGCGUGCAAAUACUGACUUUGAUACAAGAAAUGCUUCCUCACGUCGCAGCUCUAAAUUUAUUAUCCAUUAUGGGAACAUCUCAAUUAUCGCAAGAUAGUGAAACACAACCUCACCUUACUCCACCUAUUACUACCAGUCAUCAUUACACUUGGCUGGAAAGCGAUCAUCCUUAUAAACCUGCUGCAGUGUCACAUUACAAAGUUAAUUUUCCAGAAUCCGUAAAAUGGUUAACGAUCGAAUUUACAUCGGAGUGCGGCACUUCACAGCCAGAGGAUUAUUUACAACUUUACAUUCCAAACGUUAUUACAAAUGCCUCGGCUGGUACACACGGAAACACGGUGUCGGAAGACACUUUGUUAUAUUGGCCGGUAUUACAUAAAAUGAGUAACGUGCAGAGUCAAUGGCCGCAAAAUGCAGUGGUAUUACCAGGAAACGAAGUGAUAUUUUCUUUGGAAACUGCAUCCGAUUAUAUGAAAAACGAGAGAUCAAAUACAUACGGCUUUAAAUGUUUAGUCAUCGGCUAUGAUUGGAUUACGUCUGGAAAUGGUUUGAAAAAUUUAGAGAUCGAACUGUCGUUUCUCGGUGGAGCAUGUAGCGCCAGUUUAAUGAAGAAAAAUCUUAUUUUACCACCUGUGUCUGCGGAGGAAGUACAGAACGAUUUCGAGACUAUGCAAGAAACAGCGAAGCGGAUAUUCUCCGUACAUUCGGUCUUACUUGGACGAGGAUUCGCUUUAUCUUCGCCACCGACGGUAUCUCAAGCUCUCGACGGAGUUCUUCCCUUCAGUUGUCAUUCCAACGAACGACUCUUCUUGAGAGACUUCGUUUCUUGUUCGGCCGGCACGAGUGGUGGUAGACUGGCGAGAUGGCUUCAACCGGACAGCUUUGUGGAUCCAUCCCAGUGUGAGGCUCUUUAUUCGAGAGAGGAAAUGAGAUGCGGAUGGCCCGCUAUCGUAACCAUACUCACCAGGGACCAAUACGGCGAGAUUGUGCACGUGCCCGGUUUAAAGAUCGAAGUGAAAGCAAUUCCAAUAGACAAAAUGGAUAUAACUGGUACGGAUCAAGGGAGAAAAAUUCGUCGAGUUUCUCAACCUGAUCCAUUGACCUUCGGUGGUCAUCCACAACCGAACUUGGACGUGCCAUACGAGCCAACGAUCAGCAAUAAAAUGUGUUUCUAUUCGAUUACAAUGAUGAAGGCCUACGAAAAUUACUCCUUCGAAGAGUUAAGAUUUAUGUCACCGACGUUUAAAAGAUCCAGCGAGAGUAUGCUCGUCAGACCAAACGGUGAUGGUAGUUACAGUGCCACUUGGACACCUUCUUCAGUCGGCUGGUAUUCGUUUAUGAUUACCGUGGAUGGUUAUAAUAUGGAAGAUAAUUACAAGGUUGAAGUGAAGGAACCUCCUCAAGGUAUGCAGCCACCGGCUCAAAAUAUCGUAAAGAAACACCAGCAACAACCGAGCAGAGUUAGAAAGUUUGUUUCUAAAAAUAGUGCUGGGUUGAGAAUCAGAGCUCAUCCUUCGUUACAGAGCGAGCAAAUAGGUUCCAUUCCUAUCAACGGUACCAUAUCGUUUGUCGACGAGAUACACAACGACGAUGGUGUAUGGCUGCGAUUGAGCGCAGAGACCAUAAAAGAGUAUUGCAGUACUACUCAGUUAGGAGCUUGGUGUCUGCAGUACAAUCAACAUCUAGGAAAAACCUUAUUACUUCCAGUAGAGGAACCAAAAUCGAUUUUAGAUCAGGUCAUAAAGGAGACCAUUCUUCGGAAAAGAGUAGAUCCUGGCGAGGACAAAAGGCAGUCAGUUCGUUUGGCGGGUGGUAAAAACAUGGUCGUUGUGAAAUGCGGAGCCUCGGGACACAAUAUCCGUAGCAAACCGAGUCUAAAGGCUGCGCCAGUAGGAAUGUUAGCUCUUGGAAAUACAGUAACCAUUUUAGAAUAUUUCACGAAUAACGAAGGUGCGUGGGCUCGUAUAGACGACGAAUCGGCGACGAAAUAUUGCUUCGAUAAAAGUCGAUGUAUCGAGAGCGAGGUUUGGUCCCUGGCGAUUAACAAACAUGGAGUGGAGUACAUGAAGUUCGAGCAAGAGCCGGAAGCCGAUCCAGUGGAAAAAAAGGCAGCAUUACCUGAUCAAUCUGUACAGUUGAAGGAUCACAAGAACAAAGGCUUUGAUUUCUCGGUACCUUCUGUGAGUCAUGAGGGAUUCAACUUUACUACGCAAAACUUUACUCCAGGUACGGGAGAGUCUGGGGAUAAUAGCAACACGAAUCCCUUUGUUUUUGGAUCAUACAAUCAGCAUGAUUCACCAGGCAGCGAAAGAUUCACGCCGGACAAGACCGACGUCUCUCCAAAGUUUUCAAAAGCUCACUCGAAAGAAAGGGUCGUUAAGGAACGGGAGAGGGAGGGAGGUGGAAAGUUCAGCGUUUUACAAAAAUGGUUGAGAGGAGACGACAAGAGUCACGCCGAGAAAAGAAGUUCUCCGGGCAGAGAUUUCUCAGAAUUCGUUGGCGUAUCCGUGAAGGAACUGGUAAAAGCCAUGGGCGAGAGUCGUGCGAAUGGUAACGGAGCUACACCACCAGAAACACCACGGAGGAUGUCAAGAAGCUCGUCACCAAAGAAUCCCCAAGGUGGGUCACCACGAUUUCAGAGCCCGUCCUCUAGUCCGGUUCCGAUACCCGCUGAAUCCGGUCAACAACAAGUUGGUUUCGGUAAUCAUCUACAUAUAACUGCUGCUAGUGCCCCUGUAUCAGGUGGGAAGUGUUUGAUAGCAGGGGGGGACAGUAUCAGUAGCAGCCCAGUGCUCUGCGGCUCCCCCCGAAGCGUUGGCCUCUCUCCAUUAGUCUCAGGUGGCAUGAUUGACAGUAUCACAUCGCAACGAAGAGGAUCGACCCAAAGCGAUACAAGUGCUUUAGUUAGCAGUCUAACCCAAGAUCCUUCUCAAUCUCCUAGUGGAAUCAGUACCACAGCAAAUACUCGAGAUUUGUCGCCGAGUCCAAGUUGCAGCUCUUUGCAUAUGAGAUCGGAAGGUAGUAUAGCGACACCACCUGAUACUCCAAGAAAAGAUACCGUGAAUUCUCAAGACAGUCCACGAAAAGUAUCCCAAGCACAAACGCAAACGAGUCCAGAAAGCGCAACCACUGCUAUGAAGGGACACUUUAGUAUAGGUUCAUCAGGAACGAAAGAAGAACGUCAUUCGCCUAAAUUAAACAAAAGAGAUCAUACCAAGGUAGUCAAGAUCAGAGUUAAACGAGCAAUGUCACCCGCCAAUGCACAUCAGUUACCAAAUCCGUCGCGAGCGUUAAAUCUUAGUAAAGAUAAAGUGAAGGAAGCCAUCAGUCCUUCCGUAGCUGAAUGUUUAAGAGCAGUCUUCGCAGCGUUUUUAUGGCACGAAGGUAUAGUCCACGACGCAAUGGCGUGUGCAAGUUUUCUUAAAUUUCAUCCGACAUUACCAAAACAAGGAGCCGUCGUUGUUACCAGACAACCAUUGGUACAAUCUAAUGACAAGGAGAAGCAAGAACAAAAGGCUAGGCAAAGACAUUCCGUAGAAGUAACAAACGCUGGAAAUUACUUGCAUAUUCAAGCUAGCACCUUAGAAACUUUAACUCGUUCGGCUGCAAAUGCAAAUGCAAAUCGAAGUAGAAAGAAACAAGAAGUAACGAUAAAGGAAGAAAUACAAUCAAGUGGUAAACUCGAUUCUCUUCCAGAAUUUCAUACAGUUGCUGUCCUUCCACCGGCCUUGAAGAGUUUAGUAUUUCUCUGGGAAGAACUUAGUACUAAUUGCUUACAGGCAGUCGAGCAACAAUCUGUUUUACCAAGUCCAAUAUCUCAAAUACAGACGAUGAAACUAGCUAAGCGUCCAGCACCAGAGAAACGUCCGAGAGAAGAUAAAGUUAAAGAAAAAGAGAAGAAAGGUAGCAGGAAGAAAAAGGAAUGGAAGCCAAUUGGAAAGUCUAAUGUGUCAGAGAGUCUCGGUACUGGCAUAGAAUGUGAAACUAGCUGUGAACUUUGUGGAUUGAUGUUUCCACAUCCAGUGACGUAUCAUAUGAAAAUGAUGCACCCUGGUUGUGGUUGGAGUGCAGGGGGAAAGGGAUACAAAAGUGAUGGUAAUUAUUGUGUUGGAUGGGCGGGGAAUUGUGGGGAUGGUGGUGUAGGUGGAUAUUCGUGGUAUUUAAUCUGUGACACAUGCCGGGAGAAAUACUUGACAGUGCGGAAAAAUAAAUUAGCAAAGAGCUUCAUUACGGGAUUAUCCAAAAGUAAAAAUAAUGACAGCAAACCUUUAUCGCCAAUUACUAGUCCCAGUGGAUUUGAUACACACAUUAUCAUGAAAAAUAACGCCAUGUUCCUUUUGGACUUGGCGAGUGCAUCCGGUUUAAGCAUUCCAAAACAACAGAGACGACCAUCUCAAACUUUAUCCUCUGUAGCAGAAAAUUAUAGUCCUCCGGAAGCAGCCGGUCCAUUUCCACCAACGGGUCCGUUUCAAUGUUUGCAAUCGUUGGGAGUUCACAAUUCGCAAACUCACGAUGAGAGAUAUUACGAAGAAACUUUAAGACGACAAAAUGGUCAGCAAAAUCCUUAUGAAGGAACCAUUGGAAUGUUUAAUACUACGAACGGCAGACCAUUAUCCGAGUGUCCUGUCAGCGAAAGCGAUAACGAAGCUGGUAAAAAUCGUGGUACGUUCCAUAGAUCAGUGUCGAUGUCCACGGGUGCACCCUGGGCUAGAAAUAGUAGCGAUGGAAGAGUCGUAAUGAUGCGAAAAAGAAAUAAUAGCAGCAGUGAAACGAACAAUGAUGCUGGUUCAUCGCUGUUAUGUUAUCCAUCAGCUGCUCUUCAAAAAUUAGUUCCAUCGAUGGACCAAUCCGCGAUAGUUUCUACAAGCCAAGCAGAAAUAACAAAUAACGAUCGAAUAGAAAUUCUCAUGAGACCCGUUAUGUUAUUUGUUCUUCAGCAACACAAUUUACAACAUUUACAGAUAGCGAUGAAACAAGCUUUACGACGAGCUGCGUGUAGAGUUUAUGCAAUGCAAGCUUUAAAUUGGCUCUUGAGAAGCGUAACGCAGCCAAUUUGUUUACAUGAUUUACUUUGGUGGUUCGUUUCUUCGCUCACACCGGUAAUAUCGCCCGAUACUUCGGAACAAACUGAAGAAGAUAAUAGAGUGGAAAAGAAAGAUGAUCAUGAUAUGGCAGGUACACGUGAACAUCCUUUGGGUGAUUUAGUAAUAGCAGGUGAAGCAGUUAAUCCUCUGCCAACAGCAUUUCAUACAUUAUUGCAAACCAUUGCCGAUUUAAUGCUUUUACCACCGCCAGGAUCUCCAUUACAACACGCUGCUAUUAGAUGUUGGGCUAUUAGAUUUACACCAGCUGAUCAUAUGUUUCUUCAUAGAAGUCACGUCUUUAGUAAUAUUAGUAAAAUUUUGUCACGAUCGGAAGAAGAAGAGGAUGUUAUUAUGAGUAUGCAUGAAAGUCACCAAUCGAUGUCUUCUCAACAGACUACUGGAUGCGUAGAAGUUUUAAAAGAUUUAACAACUGGUAUUAAAAUUAAAGCAUCCAGUAGACAAGCUAUGAUAGGUAGUUUGACUGAUAGCUCAACCGAAACUUUCUGGGAAUCUGGCGACGAAGAUCGACAUAAGACUAAAACUAUAACUAUCGUAUGCGCGGCUCAUUCUUUUCCAAGAAUAAUAUAUAUUCAUAUUGACAAUUGCCGUGAUUUGACACACAAAGUAUCCAAUGUCGUAUUUCAAUCGGGAACUAAUGCCGAUGAAAUGAUAAAAUUAAGAACUGUGGAGAUUGAAAGUAGAUCCGUUGGAUGGAUCAAUUGUUCGAUCACUGAUCCGCGGCACGUUGUUAUCGGGUUGGAAUUAAAGGGACCAGACAAUUCCCUUCGCGUUCGUCAAAUUCGAGUUUUGGGAGAAGUCAAAGGGGAAUCCUUAAAAAUUGGGAAGCAAUUAAGUACGCAAAUGAUUCAACAGAAGAAUUGUGAAACAGAAACAUUGAAAGUUUUCCGGCUGAUAACAUCUCAGGUAUUUGGUAAACUUAUACAAGGUGAACAACCGCAACAACCUGAACAAACAGAAGGUGCGAAUGAAGAUGUAGAAGUCAGCAAUGAUUUAAAGGAACAUAUGGUUGGAAUUUUGUUCAGUAGAAGCAAAUUAACACAUUUACAAAAACAAGUGUGCACUCACAUAGUCCAAGCUAUUCAAAAAGAAACGAUUCGUUUAAGAGAGGAGUGGGAAACGUUGUUGUGCUCUCCAACGCCUGCUAAUAGUUUAAUAAGUGACAACAGUGAUUUACCAAAAACAGCGGAUACUUAUUGUUUCGAAAUGCUUUCGAUGGUUCUUGCUUUAAGUGGUAGUUCAGUAGGACAAUAUUAUUUGUCAUAUCAAUACGGUCUCCUGAAAGAUUUGCUUAGUUUAUUACAUACUGGAUCUGCGAGGGUGCAACGUCAAGUGACAUCUCUUUUACGAAGAAUUUUGCCUGUAAUUAAGCCAGAGACAUUAGCUACUGUCGUUGGUAUCGAACGAUUACCACCGUCGGAUUUCAGCAUAGUAGCCGUUGCCAACAAUGGUUUUACACAGUCGGUAGAUUUUGACGAUAAUGCGCUUGGAAUACUUGACGUCUUUUUAAGCUGCAUCGCCAAAGCAUUAACCGUGCAAGUUAAAAUAAAAGGAAAAGAAAAUAAUGGGAAAGCACUACAGAUAGCUUCACUAGCAACUAGUAUACAUCCAAAAAGUUUCGUUGGCGAAAGAUGGUGGUUAAGAGGAUGCAUGGCUCGAAAAUUAGCGGAAGUCAUAAUACAACUUUUGAAGGAUAUGGCAUCUGGAAAGAUAUCAGAAGCAUGGGCAUCUAUAACCAAAGCAGCAAUUGCUGAAAAUAUUUUAAAUUUAACAAGACUGAGUGAAAAAAGUCGAGAACCCACAGAAUGUCUUCGAACUCCAACUUUAUGGUUGGCUCUUUCUUCCUUAUGUGUUUUAGAUUCCGAUCAUGUGGAACGAUUAUCAUCUGGACAAUGGAGUGCUUCUGAAGGACAACCGCAACCUCCCAGACCAACAUGUAGUAAUCACGAUGACGGCGAGACGACAGCUAUUAUUCAAUGUAACGAAUGUGGAAAUUUAUGCGCCGAAUGCGAUCGAGUUUUGCACCUUCAUCGAAGGACAAGGAUGCAUAUUAGACAGGUCUGUAAGGAAGAAGAGGAAGCUAUUCGUGUGGAUUUACACGAGGGCUGCGGAAGAACAAAACUCUUUUGGAUACUAGCAUUAGCGGAUAGUAGAACAUUGAAAGCAUUAGUAGAAUUUCGAGAUGGUUCACCUAGGAAGCCUGUUGGAGUUACUUCCGGCAUGUGUCGAUUCUGCGGCACCACCGGAAACACAGGUUUAUUAGCAAUAGGAAAUAUUUGUGCCGAUCACGAUUGUCAAGAGCAUGCGAAAAACGCAUGUAACAAGGUUCAUCCUUGUGGUCAUAUUUGCGGUGGAGUUAAAAAUGAAAAAACUUGCUUACCAUGUUUACACAGAUGUUCGGCAGAUAGUGAUCUCAAACAAGAUGCCGAUGAUAUGUGUAUGAUUUGUUUUACCGAAGCUCUAUCUUGUGCACCAGCGAUACAGUUACAGUGUGGUCACGUAUUUCACUUACAUUGCUGCCGAAGCGUAUUAAUAAAAAGAUGGGUUGGACCAAGGAUAACGUUCGGAUUCUCACUUUGUCCUAUAUGCAAGGUACCGAUGAUACAUCCAAUGUUAGCUGAACAGUUGGCAAGCAUCAAAGAACUUUACGAGGAUGUUAAGAGAAAAGCUUUAAUGCGAUUAGAGUACGAAGGAUUACACAAGGUAGAAGCAGCGUUUGCACCAGGUGGACGUUAUCAGGAUCCAGCAGCAUAUGCCAUGGAAAGAUACGCAUAUUAUGUUUGUUACAAAUGUCAGAAGGCCUAUUAUGGUGGUGAAGCAAGAUGCGAUGCUCAACUAGGCGGGGAAUCAUUCGAUCCUACAGAGUUAGUUUGCGGAGGGUGCAGCGACGUGGCAAGGGCUCAGAUGUGUCCGAAGCACGGGGCAGACUUUCUAGAGUAUAAAUGUCGAUAUUGUUGCUCGGUGGCAGUCUUCUUUUGCUUUGGAACUACCCACUUCUGUAACCCCUGCCACGACGACUUUCAACGUGUCACCACCAUUCCAAAGAGCGAGCUGCCUUCAUGUCCUGCAGGACCUAAAGCUAAGCAGCUUGAAGGGGAUGAAUGUCCAUUACACGUAAAACAUCCACCGACCGGCGAAGAAUUCGCUUUGGGUUGUGGUAUCUGCCGCAAUGCACAUACAUUUUAAGCUUUCAAGGAGAUGAUAAUAGCACAUAAUUAUCUAUACCGGUAAAGUGCUGGUAACGCUUUGUCGGUCUUCAUGAAUUUUAUUAAUUUAUGGAUAAUGCUUCGAGUAAGCGAAUACACCAUUUGAUAUAAAUGUAUUUCUCGUAGAAUAUUUAAAGUCGCACGAUAUCUUGAAAGACUAUGUGUCACAUCGGUAAUAUUUAUGGAGGAGUAACUUAGGCUUUCUUUACAAGAUUUUAUAACUAUCAUAAAAGUGGAAUUGUCGGUACUCGUAGUACCGUAUAGAAACUAAUUAAAUAGAUUCUGUUGUAAGUGAAAAUCUAAUAAUGCGCGGAUCUAUAACAUUGUUAAGAAUCGCAUAAGCCGUUUUUAUCAAUUACCUUAGGAGAAUUAUGUGUAAAGAAUGACGAGACAGAAGGAAAGUAAAUGUGCUCGAAAACCAAACUUCCAUAUAAAAUAAGAAGAUGGAUUGGAAUAGGCACACAGAGUGUAAUCAAUUUUCGUAAAGUGUUCUAGGAUAAGCGUUUAAAGUAAAAUAAUUUAACUCUCAAACUUAUUCAAGAACUAAUUGAUUAUCGUCACGAGAUAAUCCUAAUAAAUGAUGAUGGGUAAUAAAAUGAUCGUACGUAAAAAAAAAAAAAAAAAAUGUAUAUUUUAAGAAUCGUUCACCGUAUAAGAUGCUAAUAUAAUAGUGAUCAAAAAAAUAAAAAAAUAAAAAAAGGAAAAAGAAAAGAAAAAAAAAAAAGAAAAAGGAACACUCGCAAUAUCGAAAAUACUCGAAAUAUUCCCGUGCUUAAGGAUCUCGUUUCUUUUUUAUUUUUACAUAAACUUAUAGCGUCCUAGUGUGUUCUGAUUAUUUAAAAAAAAAUUUUCGGUGUAACUAUUUAUAUUGCAUGCGUUCAUGAUGAAAAAAUUAAUUAUAAUUACAAAAUAUUAUGCGAAAAUGAACCGUCUCAUGCAAAAAACUUGCUAUACGUAAGUACAUGCUAUGUUGAGGUUUCUGUUUCGAUCUUACAUGAAUUAAACAAUCGAUCGAAUGAAAUGAUCAA